GAGGAAGGGGCGAACGCGAAUUCGCCUUGAAUAAGUCAAUCUGGCCUUUCCUCAGCCUUCUGUUUCUGAGUCAUUGCGGAGAUCAGUGGAUGAAGCCACAGUCGAGAGGUUAUGUGUUUUACUGGGUGCCUAUAUAAUUGAAUUUCUGCGGUGCAAAAAAAGACCUGCCUCGUAUUCUCAUCUUCGCAUCCGCUUGCCCUCGAGACAACUCAAGAACUCGACCGUUACAAUGGUCGAGUACCGGCUCAAGAUGCUCCCGCUCAACCUGCUGGCGCUCAUGGGCCUCUUGGCACGGGGUGCAUCGGCCUCCUCAUCCGCGGCCGGUGAAUCCCCGUCUUCGGCAUCGCCAUCAGCCGAUGUCGAACUCAUCUGCCACACCGAUAACCCGGCAGAGUGCUAUCCCAAGGUCUUUCAAGCGACCGACGAGUUCCAAGUAGUCCACCCGGACCAGGAACUCCCGAUGGGGCUUCACGUGCGGUUGAAUGUCUACACGGGCGUCAAAGAGGCCAAACUCAAUGUGCCGGACGAGCACAACCCAGCGCUGGAAGGCCUCCCAGUGGAUUCGUCAGUCGUCGUUGUCGAGCGAGAGAAAGCUGAAGAGCAGGCCAAGCCCCCGCCCAACGCGCCCUCCUAUGACCCCGCAGGCUCCGUGAAGAAGCCCAAAUCGGCCGACCCUGAAGAGGGCAGCGCCUUUUACAAGUCCCUUACCAUUCUCAAAAAGGGUCUGGACGUGGACGGCGCGCUCGAGAUGCUCGAGGAGAUCUCGCACGAUAUCUACUACGGCCUGAAGAUUGCCGAGGAUUACGACACCAUCCACGAACUCUUCUGCCUCUCCACGAGGGACCCGGAGGAUGAGACGGCUCUUGGACGGGCCCGCAUCGCCUCCCUUAUCCUGGCCUCCACCCUCCAGAACAACCCCAAAGCCCUCGCCGAGAUCGAGUCUCACUGGGCCAAGCUAGCCCCCUCCACGUGCCGGGGCGGCGAUCCUCUCGAAACCAGCAUCUUUGCCCUUCUCCCCACCACCAGCAAGGGCUCAGCGCAGGCUCAUGGGCAGACGCAGACGCAGGCCGAGCCAGCGGUAACUCCCAAUCCCGGCCUGACAAAAGCCCGCAUUUCCCUCCUCACGAGCUUGCUGAAAUCCCCACUCUUCCGCACCGCCUUUCUCUCCCCUUCCCAACCCGCCUCCGCCGGGGGAGCGUCCCACAUUCUCCGCAUCCUCACAACCCCUUAUUCUGGCGGCCAACAACAGCAGGCAGAACAGAACAAAGAUGAAGAGUGGAACUCGGCCCAACGUCGCGCCGCAAUCCUCCUCGUCGAUACCUUCCUUGACGCCGACAUGGGCGCCACGGUCGGGCAGUGGCCUACCAAGGCACAGCUGACUGACAAGGAGUGCGCCGCGCUCUUUGACGGGAAUCCCGAGAGUGAAGGGCGGGAGGAGGAGUGUGCGGACUGGCUGAUCAAGAGGCUAAGUGACAAGUACAAGAAGGAUAAAGGACAUUGGUCGCAUGAUCUGUGGAAGAAAAUGAAGGGGAGGGAUAAUAAGGGGAGGAGGGAGAAAGUCGAACUGUGAACGAUCCCGCGCUAGUUCGUAUCUAUGUGGUUUCUCGAUGAUUUUCUGUUCGG